AUGGAUGCCCAAGAACUCAAGCAGUAUCUCGCUGACGCACCCCCGAGUGUUGUGAGGCUCGAGAUAGAAAAACAUUUCGAUGCUCUAUCCGAUAAGCAGAAGAGAUAUGCUCAUUUCAUAAGCAGAGCGUCGUUCUAUGGUAGUAGGAUCGUGGCGAGACAGAUCUCACCUGAAUCUGAGCCAAUAUUCGACUUUAUACUAGCCCUCCACAAGAGUAGUGGUGGUGAUUGGAAAGCGCUGCAGGCCAAGGCGGGUAUAUCUGACGAAGAGCUUGGCUAUUUCUUGCAGUACGCCGCGCAGUUCCUAGGAAACAAUGGCAAUUACAAGAGCUUUGGCGAUGCCAAAUUCAUCCCGCGAGGCCCUGAAUCUGCCUUUGAAGCACUUGCGGCAACAUCGCCGGAAGCACAGGGAUUCUAUGAUGCCACUUCCGGAGCGAUCUUCUCUACUGACAAACCUUCACUACUGCAUCUCGGCUAUCCAGAGCAGGGACACAUGACUACUUACUAUCCGGGAUCUCCUGAUAUCACAAAGGUUGAAAUCGACGCCGUUUCUGCGUGGACGGAGAAGAAAGGGCUGCUUCCGGAAAAUACCCGUCUCGCCAAGAAGACGGAUGGUUCAUUCGAAGUCUGGAUUGCCUCUGCAAACACCACAGUUCCCACCGAAGGUGGUGAUAUUGGCAAGGAGACUACCUUCAAAAUUGAGGAUGGUAUUUUGGCAGGGAAAACCAUCACACUGGUCUACGGUGAUCAUUCCAAGGAGUUAGCUGGUGCAACAUCCAGUAUCAAGAAGGCUGCAGAAAAUGCAGACAACGAAAACCAGCGGAAAAUGCAUAAUGCCUACGCCAAAUCCUUUGAGGAAGGUUCACUAUUAGCCUUCAAAGAUAGUCAAAGGUUCUGGAUUCGAGACCUAGGCCCAAUGGUCGAAUGCAACGUCGGAUUUAUUGAGACGUACCGCGACCCGGCCGGUAUUCGAGCCGAAUGGGAAGGCUUUGCCGCUGUUGUUAACCUCGAACGGACGCGAGCCUUUGGUGCCCUCGUAGAAGCCGCCCCCACGCUGAUCCCGCACCUGCCGUGGGGCAAGGAUUUCGAGAAGGACAAAUUCUUAUCCCCAGACUUCACGUCUCUCGAAGUAUUGACUUUUGCCGGUUCAGGCAUACCAGUCGGGAUCAACAUCCCCAAUUACGAUGACAUAAGGCAAACUGAAGGCUUCAAAAACGUGUCUCUGGGGAAUGUGAUGAGCGCAAAGGCGCCAGACGAGAAGAUCCCAUUCAUUGCCGAGAAAGACCUUGAAGUUUAUAAACGUUACCGGGAUGGUGCUUUUGAAGUUCAAGUCGGGUUACAUGAGCUCACCGGUCACGGUUGUGGGAAACUACUACAAGAGACAUCACCAGGAGAGUUCAACUUUGAUAAGGAGAACCCGCCUGUCUCUCCAUUAACUGGAAAGCCAAUUACCACAUGGUAUAAGCCUGGUCAAACGUGGGGUUCUGUUUUCGGGAGCUGGGCUGGUUCCUACGAAGAGUGUCGUGCAGAGCUCGUUGCCAUGUACCUAAGCUGUGAAUUCCCCGUUUUGAAAAUCUUCGGUUUUGGCGACGGCUCAGUUGAUAUAGAUGGUGAAGCAGGAGACGUACUCUACGCUUCGUACCUCUCCAUGGCUCGAGCUGGGCUUACCUCCUUGGAGAUGUGGGAUCCGAAGAGCAGAAAAUGGGGCCAGGCUCAUUCACAAGCCCGGUUUUCCAUUCUUAAAUGUUUCCUGGAAGCUGGUGAUGACUUUUGCAAACUUGACUAUAAAGGAGAUGACCUUACCGAUCUCAAGAUUAGUCUGGACCGAUCAAAGAUUCUCACAGCAGGCCGUAAAGCGGUGGGUAACUAUCUCCAGAAGUUACACAUCUUCAAAUCCACAGCCGAUGUCGAGACCGGAACAAAAUUCUAUGCUGAUAUGACGGACGUUGAUGCGGAAUAUUGGGGGAAGAAGGUUAGAGACGAGGUCCUGCGGAACAAGCAGCCUCGAAAGGUAUUCGUCCAGGCUAACACAUACUUGGACGACGCAACCGGCAAGGUCACGCUGAAGCACUAUGACGCGACCCCCGAGGGCAUGAUCCAAAGUUGGGCCGAACGAAAUGUCUGA